AUGAGCAAGGCCAAGAACCUUAAGCCGUUCGAAUGGAACCUAGGGUUGAAAAAACUAAACAUCAAAACGCGCUGUUUUAUGGUAAAAUACGCAGCUGGCAACAUCGAGUCUCCGUUCACGAAGAGAUGCAGACUGACAAAGCCUAUCCUCAACCCAAUGUUCGACUACAAGCUCAAGCAGAGAGAGAAAGAUAUCAUAUGGACGUCCAUAUCCCUCGGUAGCCCGGCAGAUACUGCGGCUGUUGGCCGGUCGCUGUAUGCUCGAAUGUUUCGGUCCGCCUACCACGAAGCCUUAAGGAAGCGUGGAUUCGACGAAGAAGGAAGAAGGCUCGUCCUCGACGCUGGAGGGAAUGUUGUCGGAAAGCGGAAACCGGGGUUGUCGUGUACGAUCCAAGUGAUCCUGAACCCACCGAUCAAAACUGUCAAACAGGAAAAUCUUGUCGCAGAGGCUGAGCGGCUAGUUCAGGAGCUCGAGAGAGUCCAGGGGAAGCCGCAUCUGGUGGAGAACACAAACCAGAAGCAGAACUCGCGGAAGACGCAGAAACCAUCAGGAUAA